UCUCAGUCCGUCUCGCUUCACGGUCCUUCCCUUAUACCCCGUGAUUCCAAAACAACAUAACAAAGUGGGGGAAACAUGGCGAGCGGAGAGGAGGCCAGAAGACGCCCCUCGGUUCCCUCCUCUUCGGUCGGGCUGGAGUCUCUGUUCCCGGCGGGGAGCCAGGAGCAGGCCUGUGGGGACGUGAACCCGGACCUGGUCCUGCUGCGGGACUGUCUUCAGGGCUGGCUGUCUCAGUACGAGCCGCUGCUGCUGCGGCUGCAGAGGCUGCUGGUGUGGGAGAGGCCGCUGUACAGCAUCUGUGUCGCCUUCACACUCAACACCUUGUUCUGGCUCCUGUCAUCCACUUCUCUGCGGCCUCUCUUCUUGCUCAGCGUCUCCCUGCUCGGGCUCAUGCUCCUGGAGAGAUGGAAGCCCAAGUUGCCCAUCAUUACCGUCCAACCUGCUGAGGCUGAGCCUGAACAAAGUGAAACGAUGAGAGAGGAGCAGCGUCUGCUCAGCGUCCCGGAGCUCAGUCACCACCUGGCUGAGAGCUACCUGACCUGCUGCCUGUACCUGCAGGAGAUGCUGCAGUACAAGAGGCAGAACCACGGCAAGUUCUGCAUGCUGAUGUGCAGCGGCUGUUUUGUGCUCGCCGUGGUCGGACAUUAUGUCCCGGGAAUCAUGAUCUCCUAUAUCAUAGUGCUGAGCGUGCUGCUGUGGCCUCUGGUGGUGUACCAUGAGCUGAUCCAGAGGAUGUACACGGGUUUUGAGCCGAUCCUGAUGAAACUGGACUACAGCAUGAAAGGAGACACUGAACACCGCAAGCACGACAAGAGGAAGGUGAAGAAGGAGGUGGAAGAAGGGGAUGAACCGAGAGCUGAGACGGAGAGCGAGAGUGAGGAGGAGCUGUCCUGUUUCGCCCCGACGGUGGACGUGAAGACCACGGCUCUGGCGAUGGCGAUCACGGACUCGGAGCUGUCCGAUGAGGAGGCGUCCAUCUUGGAGAGUGGAGGGUUCUCAGUGUCCAGAGCGACCACUCCUCAACUCACCGACCUCUCUGAAGACCUGGACCAGCACAGUUUACACAGUGACCCUGAGGAGGCAUACCUGCGGGAUCUCCCAGAGUUCCCCUCGGUCGAGGAGUUCCCGUCCAUCGAGCACAACCUGCUGCACUUCCCUCUGCGGGGCCCGGGUCAGGCCGACGGAGCCCAGGCUGGAGCUCCGUCAGAGGGGGAACCUUUGAGUCCGGCCAGCCUCCUCAUCCAGCACCUCGCGUCUCCGCUGCAUUUUGUGAACACGCACUUCAACGGACACGGACGACCACCAGGGGGUAAGGAGGGCGUGCUGCCUACGCCGGGAGCUGCUGUGAUGGAGGCUGGGAGCCAGAGGGAAGAGAAAGAGGAGGAGGAGGAGAAGGAGGAGGAGGAGGAGGAUGCAGCGGUUACCCAGGAUGCACAGCGGUCAUUAGAGGCAUUGAGCGAGGAGAUCGUGAGCACAGCCAUCUCCACUGUGGUGCAAAACACUCUGUCGGCCCUGCUGCGCUCCACCGAAGCCAGCGAGGAGCCCUCCCUCUCUGAGUUCCUCCCCACUGAGACACCACCCAGCGCUUUAGAGACCUCCACCCCGCCUGAGGACGCCGCCACUCACACUACAGUCACUACUUUAGGGCCGCUGGAGGCUGACGAGGACCUGGACGAGGCGGCGGGAGGUUGCGGUGGCGCUGGUGAGGCAGAGGAGGUCCCCGACGACACACUGGUUCCCACUGAGGAAGAGGACUUUGAGCUACUGGACCAAAGCGAACUGGAGCAUUAUGACGAGGGGCUGGACCUUGGCUCUGACAGACUGGUGGUGGGAGGAGCCUCAGAGACAGCUCCAUCCUCUCAGCAUCAACCCCAGUCAUAGCUUCCCUGCCUCCUCCGCCCCACCCCUCCUCCUCCUCCUCCUGUUUUUGUUUUUAUUUGUAUGUUAGAGCUACAUUAUAUUCAUAAAUAUUAUACACAGACAUGUAUCAGAGAGUCGGAGUUUAACACUGUGGGUUGGUCUUUGUGUGACGGAUGGUUAAAAUAAAGUGGCGCUCUGCUUUGACAUUACAAGGCUUUGGUUAGACUCAGCACUCGAGUCCAGGAUCAUCAGAGACUAUCAGAGCUCUGAUGAGGACUCGGCUUCUUAAGUUACAGAAAUCAUACAUGAUGCAGUUACAGGAGAUUUGUUGCGGCGUAGCUUUCUUGAUCACCUCGGUUAAAAUCCUCUAAACACACGAGGAGUGAGUCCUUCAUGUCAAAGCUCAGCCUCAUUUCACAAUAAUUAUUUCUACUUGGGUGAAGAGAGGAAAGGGAGUUGUGGUAUUUUGCAACCUGGGCCUCAUUUCACAAACUUUAGACGUGGAUGUUUCUCUCUCUCUUUUAAGACGCCAAACUCCAGAUUUUACGUUGAUGCACAUCGGACAUGCAGGUCUGCUGCCGUGCUCCUGCAACACACAGUUAUGCAAAUACAGCGAAUGUUGAGGAAGCUGCAGACAAGCAAGUCCCAUGUGUGUCAUGUUAGAAGAGAGAAAAACAAAAACAAAAAAAUGUGUAAGGAUAAAAAUAAGAAACAACCCCCCACCACCCCAAAAAACACUAAAAGGCAGCCUUGCAAUAAGUGAAUACACACUGUCCAUUAAUUUUUAUAUUUGUAAAUUCAUCAUCUCUGACAGUAUAUACAAACCGUGGUCAGAUAAGCCCAGCCCCCGUAGUACACUGUGCCCUCUCUAGGUUGUCUCGCCCCCCAUCAAAGUCAGAAAAGCUUUCCAUACUUGGCUAGUUUUGCUCUGUGCAUCAUUGAGUCUAAACCCCUCUUUAAACUCUGGUUUGGUCUCCUCCAGUGACGCAGGAUAAGCCUAGCUGCAGUCAGUGGCAGCAGAGAAAAGUCCCUGAACAGACAGAACUGAGGAGACUCUGGAAGAGGUUGUUUCAGCCAGACUUCAAGACUUCAACGCCGUUCUCCAGAAAGGUAGUGCCAUGGAAGAAAUGUGCCCACUUCUUUAUUACACACCAAGCAUUUGUUAUCCUUGCUUAGGCCCAUUUUAAACGUUUUUACAGGUGUAGAAUAAUAUCUCUGUACACUUUUAUAAUUUAUACAUGUACACCUUGCAUAUCUUGUGGCCCCGCCCACUCCUUCCUUUUUUUUUUUUUACCCGUACAAGCCCUGGUUGCAGAAUCCCAGACCUCCCUUGGAGUUUAACCCUCCUUGUUUUUGUUCAGGUGUUUCUAUAGAAGGUGUUCUGAAGAGUUGAAAUGUUGGAUUAUAUAACUAUUAAUAUAUGCUAUAAAUUAUUUAAUUUAAAGGUCAGUCAGUAAAACUUUAUAUUUGAGCAGAGCAGGAGUCAACAAGCAGAUCCGAUCCCUGAUGAUUGUAUGAUGAUGAUGUUUUAAAGAUGGACGUGCAGGUGUGAUCUGUAGUUAGAUUUAGUCAGACGUAGUAGUCUCCUCCAUGUCCUCCCAGGUCUCCAGGGUCACAGGUCAGGACAGAAGCGUCGGUGGUCUUUCACUUGUUGCCUGAUUACGGAAACUUGACAUUGUUGGAUGUUGACGAGUCGUCGGUUUGAACCCAUGAACACACGGAGGUGACUUUGACGUGUUGAGAUUAGAGCUCGCCUGAGAAGGACAGGCUUGUUGUGAGACAUACCCAUCCAUCUGUAAAUGCAGCCAUACCAGGGGUAUGUAAAAAAUAACCUCAUCUGUGCCACGACAAGUCCGUGCAUGCCGUGCAUCACGCAUGUAUUACCCAUGAUCGAUAUCGGAGCAGAUCUGUUUCUGGGUCAUUUGUUUAAAACUGUACUCGACUGUAAAGCGGCCAUCUUUGCUUUCCUUUUGAACCACUCAGCAUCCAGAUCUUAGGGGUGGGCUGUACAAAUUGAACAUAGCAUCGCAGAAUCUGUUCCCCGACUUGUCGUAGUGCAUCGUAUUUGUACUAACCUCUCCUUUCUUUUUCAGUCGGUUCCUCCUUGUGUAUAGUGUAGAAACGCAAAAAAAAGAAACAUGUAUAUUCUGCAUGUAAAAAACAGCACUCUGUUCAAGUUCUCCUUGUCGACUGACAACGUUCUGCACAACCUGUGAGAAAUCAGUUUGAAUGUUUCAGGUUGAAAAACCCAGUGCAUUCAGUUUGUGUAAUAUUCAAGAACCAAGCAGGGACACGUUGGACGAGUCCUGUGUUUAGAGAAACAGGCGGCAGGCGACAACAUCCAGGAGGAUAUUAACAAACUAGUCUGUGUAUGGUAGUCGUGUGAUAUAUGCUUACAAAUACUGCUUCUUGAACUAUAUAAAAAGGCACUUACUGAACUGUACAAUUUUAAAAAAAGGAAUAUAUUUUCUAAUUUCUCCUUUUUCCAUAAAGUACUCAGUUUGAUCUUUUACAUCUACAAAAACAAACAACAGUGAUUGGACGAGUUUCACAGAGCGGGGGAAAGAGAGAGUGUCAUUAAACUGGUGAAAUAAAACUGCAACUCCACGUGUGAAAGUAAGAGAAUAAAAGAACAAACUGAAACAAA